UUUUUGGCGGGAUUUUCAAUUAUGAGUGACGUCACUACUACAUUAUCAUAGGCGGGAAAUUCAUAAAGACCUUGGUCUUCACUCGACCGAUUCAUUUACACGAUUGACUUUAAAAAUGGCGGAUGUCCUGACUAUCUCUCUUCAAAAGAGCGGUAUUUACUUCCCACAGCCGCGUCAAAACUGCUUCAACUUUGGUGAAAAGGUGUUCUGUCCUCUUCCAACUACAUCAAACUCUUAUGAGAACUCAAAACCGAAAUUACCGUCGAGAAGUUCAGUGAUUGUUUGGUCACCUUCAUCGUCGUCUUCCAGCAAUGCUUCGAGUCCGCCUGGUAAGAUUACUCCUCCAAGCAGUCCUCCUCCUCUGAUUUCGACUCCCAGACAGCAGUCGACUACGCAAGAGCCUAGUAGUCCUACCUCUCCGUCUAAUUCUACUCUCCGAGGACGUCCUAAAGCUGAUCUUGUGAAUAAACUAAUCGCUGAAGGUCACAAGUCUUGUUCAUCGAUUCGUUGUGAUGUAUGCGGCCGGGUUUUCCCGCGCGAGAAAUCUCUCCAAGCUCACAAGCGAACACACAGUGGAGAACGUCCUUAUGUCUGUGAUUUCCCAAACUGUGGCAAGUCCUUCGUCCAGAGCGGCCAACUAAAGACUCAUCAAAGGCUACAUACUGGAGAAAAGCCUUUUCUUUGCUCAGCCGAGGGUUGCACUACAAGAUUCACGCACGCUAACCGACAUUGUCCUCUUCACCCUUACGCAAGCCUCAAGAGAGUGCACACAGAUCUCCCCCUAAAAGAAAUCUUAAACAACGAGAACUCCGAACCAAAUGAGUACCGAGCUGCUGUGCUAUCGUGGCUUGAUAAAUAUGAACGAGAACGCGAUGAAAGGGCGCCAACAAGGAACGAAGAAAAAGAUCUCAAACGACGAUACGAGAGAGAAGCCGCAAAAGCUCAAGGAGUGGAACGAAAAAAGGCGCGGAUUGAUGCUAAAAGAAGAAUGUCCGAUGCCCGUGAUCGAUGGUAUGGAGCUAUGGCUCUUGUAGAACUGGCCGAUAAGGCUUAGAAAAGGACUUUAUUUUUAUAAAUACUGCUUCUCUUUAAAUUUAGCCUAGAUAACGUAAUCGGAGAUGUUUAUUUCCGAUCUGAAAUACUUUUCAUACGUUGGCACUUUAAAAGCCCGCCAUAUUAAAAUUCGCGUGAUUUGGACUUAUUUAUCCUAAAAAAAUACCUAAAAGCAAACUUUUUAGGUCUCUUGAUCUUUUAAACUAGGUAGGUUUCUAGAACUUCUGGGUUAAAACAGCGUGAAUGUUAUUUAAAACAGUUAUAUUUAUGCUAAUGAGGUUAUAAUUAUUCACAUGAAACAGACAUGGAUUUUCCCUACACGGAAAAUGUGUAUUUCCUCUAAGCAUUCUUGUAAAUAUUAGUCUAGUUGGACAUUUUUGAAGAAGAUUUAGAUAUAUAUUGUCAUAGUGUAAAUAUAGAUAUAUUUUUAAAGGUAACUAUCUUAGUACGGUGGAGUGAUUUUUGUAGACAAGAUGCUAACAUUGUAAAUAUAUACCACUAAAGGAAUCAAAAAGU